AAUGACAAUAAAGUGUCACCACAAGGCUUUUAAAAGAAGAUAGGACACACCGAUUCUCAUGUCAUGCUUGCGUUCAUUCUGCUGACUCACGCAUUUCCAUGGUCUGACCACAUCCUUCGAGCUUAACACAUAAAGUGUGUGCUUCGAGGUGAGUUUCAGAGCCUUCACCAUCUCACCAGAGAAGAUGAUGUUCUGCCCGGGGGUCGUUAUCUGCUGCGUGGUCCUCCUCAUUGUCCAGUCAAGUCAUGGUGCGGAGAUUAUUGGUGGGAAAGAAGUGGAGCCCCACUCGCUGCCUUACAUGGCUCGGAUGGACGGUGUAGUCUGUGGAGGGACUCUGAUCCAUCCAUCGUGGGUCCUGACUGCUGCACACUGUACUACUGGCAUUAAGAAGGUGCUGCUGGGCGUGCACUCCAUGAAAGAAGAGGAAAAAGAUUCAAGGCAAGUCCGCAAGGUUAAACGGCAUAUUCCUCAUCCCUGCUAUGAUUCAACUGAUUACUUCAAUGACCUCAUGCUGCUCAAGCUUGACAAACCGGUGAAGAUAACAAAGACAGUGAAAUGUCUCAAGUUGGGUAACACCGUCAAAGACCCAGCAGCUGGCAGCAACUGUCUGGUGGCUGGAUGGGGGCGCACAAACAACAAUGUCAAGAAACCUUCAGAUGUCCUGAGGUCUGUCAAUGUGACGGUGAUCGACAGAGUGAAGUGCAACUCUCCUGAAUAUUACGGCCAAUCUAAGUAUGUUAUCACCAGAGACAUGAUAUGUGCUGGUUCAGAUGGUAAAAACGCGGCUGAUAGCUGUCAGGGGGAUUCAGGAGGCCCUCUGUUGUGCAAUGGAGAGCUAGUCGGUGUCACUUCUUUUGGAAUUAAGUGUGGCUUGAUUAAAAAGCCUGGAGUGUACUCUUUUCUGUCAGAGAAACAACUCACCUGGAUCACAAAGACAAUGAAAAAGUCUGAAAUAUAAGGAGCACCUUCUUGUUAAUUUUUAUUUCAACCCGUUCUCAUUCCCAGGGAGUCAAAUACUGAUGCUUUGUCACGGCCGUCGGCCUUCUAAAAAGUCUGAAAUAUAAGGAUUUCAAUAAUAAUUUAAUAAGGAAAUUAUUUUUCCAGCCCGUUCUCAUUCCUCAAAUAGUCACAGCCAUCGGCUUUCAAUAUCGCUGCUUAAGGCACCCGUUAGCGUCAAUAUGAGAUGCACGGGGCUUUCCAUUAAAGGAACUCGAUGUAAGAAUCAGAAAUUGCUUGUUAACAGCGACACCUGUGGCCGUUAAGUCAAUGCAAGUCAGCAUCCUGUUGCUCACGCUCGUGCUUGUGCUCACUCUUCAUACAGACAUGAACGAGCA